AUGAAGACCCUACGCCUGGACCGCUGGGCAUCGCAGUUACAGCCUCCUCGCAACCCGCGGUUAUAUCUGCUCUCCCAGAGGUGUCCCUUUUCCACACGCGAGUCGGCCGCACCGAAGCGAGGCGAGUUGCAGCGGCGACAGCAUCACAUACAGACCCAAUGGCAGCCGCCGAGACGAGAUAUCACCAGUCGGAGGCAGGCGUCGAGCGCUGCGGCAGCACAGGUUCCAGAAGAUGAUGUGGAAUAUCGAGAAUCGCCCUCGCAGACACGACCCAACUUUCCUACCCACAAACGUGCGACCGGUUCGGCGAAGCUAUCAGCAUUACACGCGAGAUUGUCGCUGCCGACAAAACUUCCCUUACAGACAUUGGCGCGAUGUCUGAUCGAUCCGUCAGUAGAUCCCCGGCCGGGGUACAGCAACGCGCCAUUGGCAAUACUGGGCCAGGAGCUGUUGGGAUACUAUACCUCAGAACAUAUCAUAUGUCAUUAUCCACGGCUACCGAUGCCAGUGCUAUUCGCCGCACAAUACGCAUACGUGGGACCUCCAACACUUGCGGCGAUGCGAUUAGAAUGGGGAGUAGAGCACGUGGCCGCUCCAGGUCCAGAAGUUGAUCCUGGACUUUUACAACUGAAGAGGAUGGAGGCCGGCAACGCAAUGGCAGAAGAUGGGACACAGCUCGUGAAAGACUUGCCUCUCGCGAGGAAGCUGGGAAGUGGGAGGAGAAAUGAUCAAUAUAACUAUCGACGAGGCUUCAGUAGCCGGGUAGUCUAUGAUGAUCAGUUCGGAGACCUACACUCAGGCCUCAAGACGCUCGACGAGUUACCUCCAUACGCCGGCGCGCCGCAAGCAGAAGCAUCGGAAGGCGGCGAAGAACUGCCACCCUUCACUCCACAAGACCACCCCGUAACGAUGGACACCGACCCCACCACCGUCGAAGCCGCCAGCGCAGGUUUCGUCCGCGCUCUGACAGGAGCCAUUUAUCUCCACGCAGGCACGUCCGCCGCCAAAGCCUUCCACCGAGCACACAUCCUCAGCCGACACCUCCAACUGCACGAACUAUUCCACUUCACCCACCCUACUCGCGAUCUCUCCCGUCUCUGUGCACGAGAAGGUUUUGAGCCACCAGUCGCCCGACUGAUCAGCGAGACGGGUCGACUUUCAGGGACGCCUGUGUUCGUCGUGGGUGUGUUCAGCGGAGAUGACAAACUCGGCGAGGGAGCGGGUGUAUCCCUGAACGAGGCGAGAGUCCGAGCUGCCGCGGCGGCAUUGAGGAGCUGGUACUUGUACAGCCCACGAGAAGAGGAUAUCAUCGUGCCGAGUGAUGUCGAGGGGGAGACGAACAAGAAGUGGAAGCCGCAACUGAUUGACAUGGGGGAGAUCGUCACCUGA